CACAUCCCUUUCCAUCCCCGUCCAAAUCGCGCAGCCUAUGGGAUCAACAGCAUCCUGUACCAGCGGGGCAUCUACCCCCCCGAGACCUUCACCCGCGUGCAGAAGUACGGGCUGACCCUGCUGGUCACCACGGACCCCGAGCUGGCCAACUACCUCAACAACGUGACGGAGCAGAUGAAAGAGUGGCUGUACAAGUGCAUCGUGCAGCGCCUGGUGGUGGUCAUCUCCAGCAUCGAGAGCAGCGAGGUCCUGGAGCGCUGGCAGUUCGACAUCGAGUGUGACAAAACUGCGAAGGAUGACAACGGACCACGAGAGAAAUCUCAGAAGGCAAUUCAGGAUGAAAUUCGCUCUGUCAUCAGACAAAUAACUGCCACAGUAACCUUCCUGCCACUCUUGGAAUCUGCCUGUGCCUUUGACUUGCUGAUAUACACAGAUAAAGAUUUGGCAGUGCCAGAAAAGUGGGAAGAGUCAGGACCACAGUUCAUAGCCAAUUCAGAAGAGGUUCGGCUGCGUUCCUUCACUACCACAAUCCACAAAGUCAACACCUCAGUGGCUUACAAGAAGGAUUCUGUUCCCUAAGAUGCAGGGACAAGUUUCAUGUGUGUAAAUAUCCUGUCACCUUGUAUAGUUUCUGUUCAUCAUGCAGCUAAGCCAUGAACACAUCAUG